CAGAAACUCCAUAUAUGAAUAGCACUACUUUAAUAAAGAAGGUCAAACCUUCUUUAAGAGCAUUCAUUAUAUUCAGGUUCAAACAAUUCAGACAGGGCAGAAAACCUACUCUUUCCCUAUAAAUUGUAAAAACAUAAUUCUAAUGUUUGUGAAUAAAUGUAAAUUAAUAAGUCACUAAUCAUGUACUUCUGUUUUUUUUAUAGACAUAUGGUAGAGAGAGACUGUGAAAGUAAAGGUAGUCAAUAUGGAGAAAACUUCAACCUUAUUUCAAAUCUUAAUCUGAAUAAGAAAACUUCUAAAGUAAAACCAUGGGAGUGCAGUGUGUGUGGAAAAGUCUUCAUGAGUCGUUCAUCCCUUAAUAGGCACAUGAGAUCUCACACUGCACCCAAACCAUGCAAGUAUCAGGAAUAUGGAAAGAAACCUUACAAAUGCAAGAUAUGUGGGAAAGCCUUCAGUUAUCUUCAACCUUUUCAAAAACAUGAAAGAAAUCACAGUGUAGAGAAAUCAUAUAAAUGUAAGGAAUGUGGGAAAUCCUUUAGAUAUCGUCAAUCUGUUCGAAAACAUGAACGAACUCACACGGGAGAGAAACCCUAUCAAUGUAAACAAUGUGGGAAAGCCUUUAGAUAUCAUCAAACCUUCCAAACACAUGAAAGAACUCACACAGGAGAGAAACCCUAUGAAUGUAAGCAAUGUGGUAAAGCCCUCAGUUGUCCCAGUUCCUAUCGAAGCCAUGAAAGGACUCAUACUGGAGAAAAACCCUAUGAAUGUAAAAAGUGUAAUAAAGCCUUCAGUUGUCCAAGUUCUCUUCGAAAACAUGAAAGAACUCAUACUGGAGAGAAACCCUAUGACUGUAAGGAAUGUGGGAAAGCCUUUAUUUCUCUCGGAAGCUUUCAAAGACACAUGAUAACACAUACUGGAGAUGGACGUUAUAAAUGUAAGGACUGUGGGAAAGCAUUCAAUUGUCCCAGUUCAUAUCGAAUACAUGAAAGAUCUCACACUGGAGAAAAACCCUACGAAUGUAAACAAUGUGGUAGAGCCUUCAGUUGUUCCAGUUCCUUUCGAACACAUGAAAGAACUCACACUGGAGAGAAACCCUAUCAAUGUAAGGAGUGUGGAAAAGCUUUCCAUUGGCUCACGACUUUUCAAGUCCAUGUGAGAACUCACACUGGAGAGAAACCCUAUCAAUGUAAGGAGUGUGGAAAAGCUUUCCAUUGGCUCACGACUUUUCAAGUCCAUGUGAGAACUCACACUGGAGAGAAACCCUAUCAAUGCAAGGCUGACCUCCUGCCAGAGCCAUGUAGAGAUGGACUCCGCCCAGACUUGGCAAGUGGGAAACCUGAGACGCUCUCUGCUCCUGUCCCUGUCAUCCCCCAGAUCCAUGGCUGUCGGUUUCUUCCCGAAGACGAAUGGAGAAAGACAGAACCAAAGUCUGUAUAUGAUGAUGUUGAUCAAGCAACACAGGCAGCAGUGCUUCAGAUGGACAGGAGCAGCCUGGAAAUCCAGGAGUCUGUGAUGGGAACAGAAGUGGAGGUAGAGGAGGUGGGCAUCACCCAAUCUGAGAGCUUGACUACAACAAAAAAGGCCGAGAAAGAGUGGAUUUGCUCCCUCUGCGUGUGCUGA